UGCCGCCUCCCUUUGUGGUUUGUGUUGAGAUACAAGAUGGCGCCGGUGUUGGAGAAGAAACUGCUGGGUGCAGCAGCAGGGACAGAAGACCGCACCAUGGACAGCGCCCAGGAGGAGGAAGGACACAACCUGUGGUCCUCGAUCCUCAGCGAGGUGUCGACACGUUCCAGUACCAAACUGCCCUCUGGGAGGAACAUCCUGCUGUUCGGUGAUGACGGAUCGGGGAAAACGACGCUGAUGACGAAACUCCAAGGAGUGGAACACAAUAAGAAGGGCAGAGGACUGGAGUAUCUGUACCUGAACGUUCAUGAUGAAGACAGAGACGACGUGACUCGCUGUAACGUGUGGAUUCUGGAUGGAGACGUUUAUCACAAAGGCCUGCUGAAGUUCACCGUAUCCUCUGAGUCUCUGAAGGACAGUGUGGCCGUGUUUGUGGUGGACAUGUCCAGACCCUGGUCCAUCAUGGAGUCCCUGCAGAAGUGGACCAGUGUCCUGAGAGAACACGUGGACAAGCUGAAGAUUCCCCCUGAGGACAUGAGAGACAUGGAGCUGAGGAUGGUCAGGGCAUUUCAGGAGUAUGUGGAACCUGAGGAGGCGACUCCGUCCUCCCCUCAGAGACGAGGAGAUGAUGAGUCAGUUUUGCUGCCACUGGGAGAAAACGUCCUCACACACAACCUGGGAAUCCCUGUGCUGAUCGUCUGCUCUAAGUGUGAUGCUGUGACCGUGUUGGAGAAAGAUCAUGACUACAGAGAAGAGCAUUUUGACUUUAUUCAGUCGCACCUCAGGAGAUUCUGCCUGCAGUAUGGAGCUGCUCUGAUCUACACUUCAGUAAAAGAGGAGAAGAACCUGGACCUUCUGUACAAGUACAUGGUGCACAAACUGUACGACUUCCACUUCAGCACUGCAGCCUUAGUGGUGGAGAAAGACGCAGUGUUCAUUCCGUCUGGGUGGGACAACGAGAAGAAGAUCUCCAUCUUACAUGAAAACUUCACCACUGUCCGGCCUGAAGAUCCGUUUGAGGAUUUCAUCAUCAAGCCGCCUGUACGCAAGUUAGUCCAUGAUAAGGAGAUAAACGCUGAAGAUGAGCAGGUCUUCCUCAUGAAGCAGCAGUCUUUGUUAGCCAAGCAGCCGGCGACUCCAUCACGAGCUACAGAAUCUCCUGCACGGACAGCGUCUGGUUCUCCUCGGCCCACCGUACGCACCGGACCCACCAAUGUAGCGAGUGUGUCUCCCAUGACGACUGUAAAGAAACCUGACCCCAACAUUAAAGGUGCUGCUGCAAAUGAGGGUGUUUUGGCAAAUUUCUUUAACAGUUUGUUGAGUAAAAAAACUGGAGCUCCUGGAAGUCCAGGAACAGCUGGAACAGCAGGAGCAGCAGUGCAGGGAUCAGCCAAGAAAACAGGGCAGAAGCCGGCUCUGAGUGAUGUUCAGGCAGAACUGACACGCAUGACGCACAAAUCUGACUCCACCGUCACGGCCAAUCACAGAACAGUGCCGGAGAAUGAGGAGUAAACACAUCAGACACACACACACACUUAUGUUCUCUGAAAAGCCUGAACAUAAAACAUAUUUAUAAACAUAAUGACCAAAUUCCCACUGUGUGUGUGUGUGUGUGUGUGUGAGUGAGUGUGUGUGUGAGAGAGAGAGACAAAUUGAAGGCAAUUAGAUCUAUUUGAAUAUUAAUUCCAAACUUUAUUGUUCAUUUUUUUGAGGUUUAAAGAAGAAUGCAUGAGAGUAUGUGUGUGUGUGUGUGUGUGUGUGUGUGUGUGUGUGUGUGUGUGUGUGUGUGUGUGUGCGCGUGUGGAACUUCACACACUCAUGUUCUUGCAAACCUGCUGCUGUUUCUCGUUCUGCUUUACCUGAUGGAAACAGAAAAAAGAGGAAAGAAAGAUGGAUGAGGGAGUAAAAGAGAGACGAGUCCCUUCAGUGUGGACGAACGUGAACGUAGCGACGAUGUUAAAGUGUAUUUAUGUAAAAAGGAACUGGGACGUUAAGAGCUUUCUCUGGUGUAACAGCGCUGACAUCAUGACACUAAUCCGAUGCCUUUUUUGCGUAACUGAUUCUGUAAAUAUGCACACGAUGGUGUUUGCUUUGGUCUCAUUCUUUUUUUGUAUAAAGUUCAAAUUUAUAAAGAAGUCUUCAGAUUUAGACUAAAGUCUUUGCAUGACAUGGAACUUAUUUUGUUUUUGUUUAUUUUGUUCCUCGACUCCCAAAGUGCCUGUUGUAGAGGAGAUGCACUGUAGCGCCGUCGGUCACAACGCCCCUUCUGUAAUUUAUUCUUUUUUGCAGGUUUUCAUCAUGGCUUCGAUCCACCUUUCAUAUGACAUCAGUAUGUUUUAUAAAUCGUUAUUAACACGUUCUGGGUUCCUGUGCUGCUUUUUUUGCCCUCGUUCACGUGUGUUUACGUCUCUUCCGCAUCCCGACUGAGUCGAGGUCUCGUCUCUGUGAGUCUUCAUAUCACACCGUCACCGACCCAGCAGACUUCCUGUCCCGGGUGCCAAUACUUUUACUUUUAUUUGCAGUAGAGUGUCCUUAUUAUUAUUAUUAUUAUUAUUAUUAUUAUUAUUAUUAUUAGAUUAUUAGAUUAUUAGUGAGACUGGUUUCGUCUCGUCAGGUUACAGAAUACAGUCAGAUACAAUCAGUUAUAAAUGUCACAUUUCUGCUUCACAGAUUAAGGCUCUGUACAGUGAGAUGAACACACACACACACACACACACACACACCCCUGUACACACCUAUACACACACACACACACACACACACACACACCCCUGUACACACCUAUACACACACACACACACACACACACACCCCUGUACACACCUAUACACACACACACACACACACACACCUAUACACACACACACGCACACACACACACCCCUGUACACACCUAUACACACACACACACACACACACACCCCUGUACACACCUAUACACACACACACACACACACACCCCUGUACACACCUAUACACACACACACACACACACACACACACACCCCUGUACACACCUACACACACACACACACCCCUGUACACACCUAUACACACACACACACACACACACCCCUGUACACACCUAUACACACACACACACACACACACACACCCCUGUACACACCUACACACAUACACACACACACACACACACCUACAUACACACUCUCUCACACACACACACCCUAUUUGAAAACAGUGGUCUUUCCCAGAAUCGGAGUUCAUUAUUAAUCCACCGGAUCUCUGGAAGCUGCUGCUGUUUGUUUAGAAGAUUUAUAUUAAGUUCUGACUCUCGAUCAGUUCGAGUCUCAAUGGAACGACUUGAAACAUUUUAACUCACUCAACUUCUUGUGUUGACCUGAUUAGACAUUUUUCAGGUUGGUCUCGCAGAGCAUUUUGGGUAAUUUGUGCUCUGCAGUGACACGAAGUCUGUUUUCACCUGAUAAACCAGGUCAGGUCUAAAGCAGAGCAGCUCUUAAACUAGCACUGGGUGAUGAUGGUGGUGGUGAUGAAGAUUUGUUAUGGUUAUUAUUUAGUGGAUGAGGAGUGCGAUGAGACGUACUGAAACACAGCUGCAUCUCAAGUCAUUUCAGUGUGAAACAUUUUCUCUUUAGACUCUUAAUUUUAAACGUGGUCUUGAUCCUGUUUUGUGUUAAAUGUCUGUGGAGAGCGAGCGGGAAACAUUCCUCAUAGUUCCACAGCAGCUCCGUGUAGGGAAAUGAUUCAUGAUGCUUCCAUUUUCUAUUUUUGUUAUGAUCUCAGAUCUGAUUAUUGUACAUUAUAAAGGUUUAUUUUAGAUUUUAUUUGUGAGAAUCAGAGAGUCUGAGAAGAAGCGUGACCGAGGAAAACAAAACAAAAAAGGAAAAUUGGAACCAAAGAAAGAGAGAGAGAGAGAGAGAGAGUGUGUGUGUGUGUGUGUGUGUGUGUGUGUGUGUGUGUGUGUGUGUGUGUGUGUGUGUGUGUGUGUGGCAUCCUAAACACAUCCCAGGUGGUGUUUCAGUUUAGUGUUUUUUUUUUUCUCCACCUGGUGAACUCAUCAUCAUUCCAUCUCUCGCACUUCUUCUGUCUUCACUCGUCUGUCUCACUGCGUUCGUUUCUGAAUCCUCUCACGAUCACUUUUGUCUCUUUAAGGGAAGAGACCACAAGGUCUACCUUUUAAUUUGGUAUUCAUUUUGCAUGAUUCUUCUUCUGAUUAUUACUUUUCUGAAUAAGAAUGAAGAUGGAGAUUUUUUUCUUCCUCUCAAGCACACAAUCUGGACUAAUGUACAUUUUAGUUGUUAAAGCACUUCCAAUAAAAUGCGUUACUAUUAAACUCCAGUUUAUCUGCAGCUGUGUGUCAGUGUAUGGCGUCUCGUCCACCUCACUGGUGAACAGUUUGUCACGUUUCCACACGUCUCCAUGUUAAAGGAGAAUCCAGAGUUUGGGCUUUUAGCUGAACAGCAGGACAUUAUUGAUGUCAGAUUAAAUGAAGUCUUUCAAUGUUUGUUUUUUUUUUUCCCUUUUUUUUUCCAGAGUUCAGUGCAGUAAGAUCAACCUUGAUUUUAUUAUUUUUAUUAUUAUUAUUUUUAUUAUUAUUAUUAUUUUUUUUUUUACAAUGAGCUUUGUAUAUAAAUUGACCUGUAUGAAUAAAUCUGUUGGGUGUUUAAGACACGUCAGAUAGAGCAGGAUUUUUUAUUCGCGGAGUUUAAGAUGCUGUGUACUGUGUAACUGAAGCACUUCCCCACUAGUCCACUUCCUGUAUUAACGGGUUUUCACACGUUUUCUCUGUAUUACAUGCGUGUGACUGUAAGCCUUUCUCCUGAUGCAGUAUAACGGAUCCUCAGAGUCGCUCGCUUUUCUGCCAAUAAAGCAAAAGGAAACAGCUUCAAUAAAUCAUGCAGACUCCA